AUGAUGGCGGUAGAUACAGCGAAUAAGUCAUUGACAUCGUUGUUGGAGAAGAUGGUAGCUGCUGAUACCGAUUACAGAUUUAUGGCUAUGAAUGAUCUUAUCAAUGAAUUACAAGUGAAUACACUUCGUUUAGAUCUUCAAAGUGAGAAAAGGGUUGUCGGACUUAUUCUUCGUCUUCUUCGAGAUCCUAGUGGUGAAGUUCAAAGUCUUGCAGUACAAUCGUUAGGUCCGUUGGCAACCAAAGUGAAAGAACAACAAAUUGUUACCAUUGUCAAAGAUCUUGUUGGUACUAUGGAGAAGGGUGGUGAAGGACAACUUCGCAGUAUAUGUAGUAUUGGUCUCAAGACUGUUGUCAAUGCUUUGCCUAAUGCAACUGAUAUGGCUGUGGUUCAAUCAGCUGUUCGUGAAGCUGUUUUACCUCUGCUUCACAUGGUUAUGUCGCACAAUGAUGAUAAUGUACGCGUUGAAGCUUGUGAAGUUUUAGCUGAAAUUAUUAAUCAUUUUGGCAAUCUCUUGACCAGCUAUCAUCUUGAUCUUCUCGAUUGUAUGAUCACUUGUCUUGGUUGUCCACAGACAACUCUACGUAAAAGAGCUAUUCAAGCCUUGGGUUUUCUAUCCUGGAUCAUCCCACAGAAGUAUUUCACUUCACUAGUUAGCUUCUUACUAUUUCGUUUACAAAUGAGUCCAUUUUUAUUAACCUCUCAGCCACCUAUGAAAAAUAUGGAUGAACAAUUAUCAAAGUUAAUCACUGAGAAUACCCUGUUUCAACGACCUCAUCUAUUAGAACAGUUGAAACAGCAGCCAUCAGUUGAUGUUACUAAAACACUACUUCAAUGUUUCAAUGUUGUCUCUCGCCAACUUCAACGUGCGCCUCAUUGUAUUACUCCAGUCCUUCGACUAUUGAUAUCAAUUGCAUACAGCCCAGCGUCAAAUAAUACUGAAGAAGAUGACGUUGUAGAGUUGGUUAUUCAAGUAUUAGAAACACUGAUACGACGAUGUCCUAGAGCAGUUGCACCUGCACUACCUGAACUUAUCAGUCUUCUGUGUGAACGUCUCCAAUACGAUCCAAAUUAUGAUUAUGGUCUAGCAGAGGAUGGAGAUGAUCAGAUGGGUGGUGAUGCCAGUGAUAAUGAUUUCGAUGAAGAUGAUGACGACGAGGAUGGUGAAUAUUCAGAUGAUGAAGAUCUCUCAUGGAAAGUUAGACGUGCUGCAGCUCGUGCUCUAGAAGCGAUUAUUUUAGUGUAUAAUGAAAUGACUGCAGAUUUCUAUGUGUCUAUCGCUCCACUACUCAUCAAACAAUUUAAUGAACGUAAAGAAUUUGUCCGUUUAGCGAGACAACAUUGGAAGAAUUACGCGUGCAAUUACAAGAUCCAAAUAGUGCUCAAUCUCGAUUAUUGGCCUUAUUGCCUACAAUAUAUCGUGGUAUAG